AUGGCGGAGGGUUCGAAGGCGACUGAUGGUCGCGACGCAGACGCUGGAGGAGACGGAGGAGGAUCGCGGCCAGCGACCCUCCCCGCGAUCGUCACUACUUCCAUUUCCUCUCCCAGCCGUCCCAUCGCCAUCGACUCCGACAACAGCCCAAACAAGGACGACCUCAGUCCCAAUCCCGGUCUUCUGCACACCUCCCAAUCAUUUCCUAUCGGCUCUGUCGCCUCGGAUGUCGCCUCCGGCUCCAGCGGAAACUACCCAGAUGCGAAGAAGAGUUCACAGUCGCCGCGACCGACGAAUGGCGCCGGGCCCGUCGGCCGGAAUUCGACCUCGUCGCCGACGGUCGUCGAGGCCAGCGCCGAUUCCAGCGCCAUCGACCCGCUGUCGCAACACAUCAUCAAACGCACCAAUACCGCAAAGUCUAUCCCCCUAAAGCUCCUCGGGAGAGCGUCAUACGAGGCGGAAGCGGGCGGAUUCGAUAAUCGCGCCUCACUCGAUCAGCCUUCGAUUCGGGGAGAUGCUGUGCUACAGAAAAAGCCCUCCAGAGAGAAGAACGUACCCGGCGUAUCCGCUCUGGCCCCCAUUCCCUUGCGAACAUCAGAAGACACUGACCAUAAAUUCCUUGCAACGCACAGAAAAGGUGUCUCCUUUCUCAGUCGCAUCAUUCCCGGAAAGAAAAAGGACCAGAUUCUCGACGAAGACGAUGUCUCAGAACCGGAGACCACCCGGAUGGAUCCAGAUGCCUCCUCGCAACCGAUAGGGUUCUUUCCUCGCUUUCCCCGCCCGCCCAAGUAUAUCCGCGUGCGCGCCCAGUACAAGAAGGAAAAGACGUUCCACCGGACUUUCGUGGCGCAGGAGUUGGAGGGCGCGGAAAACGCCUUAGAUCAGUCGGACAAGGACGGCGCUGCUUCAUCUGCAGGCGAUCACAGUACAUCAAAAGCCGGGAAAGCCGUGUGGGCGCUGGUUUUCUCCAAGGAUGGCAAAUAUCUCGCUGCGGCCGGGCAGGACGGCAAGGUCCGUGUCUGGGCUGUAAUCUCGUCACCAGAAGACCGAAACGAAACAGAGCCUGAGGGCCAUGAUGACGACGCGCUGCCCCAGUUAAAAGCGCCCGUGUUGAAACAGAAACCGAUCCAAGUGUAUGAAGGCCACACGGGAAGCAUCCUGGACCUGAGCUGGAGUAAGAACAACUUCCUUUUGUCCUCGUCCAUGGAUAAGACCGUUCGGCUGUGGCACGUCACUCGGCCCGAGUGUCUCUGCUGCUUUAAACACAGCGAUUUCGUCACGUCGAUCCAGUUUCACCCGCGCGACGAUCGCUUCUUCCUCGCUGGGUCCCUUGACACGAAGCUCCGCCUAUGGAGUAUCCCCGAUAAGAGUGUGGCCUUCGUCGCGACUGCACCUGAUAUGAUCACUGCGGUUGCGUUCACUCCGGACGGCCGGCACUCGAUCGCCGGGUGCCUGAAUGGAAUGUGCAACAUCUAUGAAACCGACGGACUGAAGGCGAUCGCGCAGAUCCAUGUCCGUUCGGCGCGUGGUCGCAACGCAAAAGGUAGCAAAAUUACCGGCAUCGACACCAUGUCUUUCCCUUGUGGCGACACACACGGCGAGGUGAAGCUGCUCAUCACCAGCAACGACUCCCGCAUUCGCAUGUACAACUUCCGCGAUCGGACCUUGGAGGCCAAAUUCCGUGGCAACGAGAACACCUGCAGCCAGAUCCGCGCGUCUUUCAGCGACGACGGGAAACACAUUGUCUGCGGCAGUGAAGAUCGUCGGACCUAUCUGUGGCCGACGAGCCCAGUUGAGAAGGACUCCGACAAGCGUGCCGUGGAGAUCCUAGACACCCAAUCCGCGAUGGUGACCGCAGCCAUCAUGGCUCCGUCGAGGACCAAGCAGAUCCUCGGAUUCUCUGAAGACCCGAUAUAUGACAUCUGCAACCCACCGCCGGUGAUGCUUGGAAGCCAAGCAGAGGGCGCGAAAGAGAACGGAAGCCGAACGCGCAACUCCACGGUCAGCAAACUAGCACAUGAGUCUCCGACUUACCUCUCCCGCUCGACACAUCCCGACGGCAACAUCAUCAUCGUCGCGGACUACUCGGGACGCAUCAAGGUCCUGCGCCAGGAUUGCGCGUACCAGAAACGUCGGUACGAGUCCUGGGAUACGCACUCGACGAUCUCGCGCAAGCUGCUCCGUCGCACGAACUCAGCCCGCCACAGCAUCGCGUCAUCCAUCGGCCGAGAGUCCUCGCACAAGACGCCAUCGGAGCGGAUCAUCUCGUGGCGCAACUCGGUCAUCGGCCACCAUCGCGACGUCUCCCAUAGCGGCAGCCGCACCCGCACCCCGUCGCCGCAUCGCUUCUCCCUCUCGCGAUACUCCAGCCCGGGUCGGGGCGCCGAGACCCGCUCCGCAUUCACCACCUCCCCACCUGCCACCCCGUACAAGACCAGCAUCGACUAUAAGCGGUCGCUGGAGAGCGGCCGGUCCAGCGUCGACGCGACCGGCGCCAACGGUGCGCCGCAGGACAAACCCGCCGAGGACGAGUCCAAGCUGCCGCAGUCCGCGUCGGCCUGGGCGGCUACGAACGCAUCACAGCACAAGGAUAAUCCGCUGUGGCUGCAGGGCGACCAAAGCUAUGCGUUUUAUAACAAGAUCACGCGCGACGCUCUCGCCGCAACGCAGCGCAAGUCUCCCAGCCCGUUGAGUCCCAACCGUCUGUCCGUGCCGGAACCCGAUCGGAGGAUCAGUAACAGCGGGAUGAGUGUGCUCAGCAGCGACUACACUUCGUCGACCGGCGAAGGCGAGGAGGAUGUCCUCCGCUGCGAGAACUGCGGCGGCACGAAUUUCCGCGCGACCAAGGCGCGGAACGGGAAACAGAGGCUGGUCUGCGUGCGGUGUAAUCGUCCGAUUAGUUGA